AUGUUCGGGAGCAUUAACUCCAACCGUUUAUUAACUCUGUUGACGUCCAUUGCCCUUUCCAAUGCCUAUUCUAAUCUUCAAUUUCUCGAGAGCGUUUCCUUUACUUUACUUCACUUUCUUCAUUCUAGUUCUACAUACCAGUCUUCCUUCCCUUCGCAUUUCUUGACAGCCAGCUCGGAUUCCUCUCCUCUUAUCAUAGAAUCUCAUGGUUCAGGGGCAUUGUCACGGUUGAUCCUAUCAGCUGAUUCUCUUAGAAUGGCAAUAAAUGAGUUUCGAGCAUCAAAGGUAUUUGAUGGAAUUAAGACUGUUAAUUCUCUUGGAUGAUUGUGAUACUUGCAUACCUCUAAUAGACAAAUAAAAGGUCAUACGCAGGGCACAUAGAUGCUGUUGGGAGACUUAAAUCUCUUGGUUACAUGACUGUGUGAUGUUUCUUGGAGUAUGAAGGAUACUUCAAAAUAUGUGCUUAAACCUGCUGCUCUUGAAGGCAAUAAAGAAAACAAGCAGUCAGUAGACAUGAUUUUCAGAGAUGAUAAAUCCUUAAAUGAGUUGUUCAGUGAGAUAAAUUGAAGCUAGAUUUUGAUGUUUGUCUGCCAAAUGAUGGGAAAAGAAGAAUCCAUGUAAUCAGUGUGGUAGAUGAAAUCAAUAUGGAGUAUAAAAUCAUGGAAUAUUGCUACUAAUACAAGAAAUAAGAUUUGUCAUAAUUUAAAUUCGUAUAGAAA